AUGGGCUCACUCGGAUCCGGAGUUGGGACGUUUUGGUCGGCGAAAGUCCUGUCCAGAGCGGUGAUAGAAGAGGAUCGCGACAGAGGAAUCACGAUGGAAACCAACCAGAGCUUUCCCCCAUCUGGGCCGACUUCACCACAGCCGAGCGAUCACACUCGGUCACCGGCACGGUGGAGGUGUCUGAGAUUGCAGGACUGGCAGGCGUCGAGCUUCCGAGAUCUGAAGUUGAGAUCGCAGAAGGCGAUCCGAGGAGACCCGAUCCUAUUACAGGAGGAGAUACCUGAUCCGGAUGGGCUGGAUCGGAAAUCGUGUCAGAAGAUGCGAAAGGGCGUGAAACGGAAUAUAGCACACAAGGUUGCACAGCCAGAUCAACACCGUAUGAUGACUGACGGGGCAGGAGACGGUUGUGGCAAAGCAGUCACAAGGAAAUUUCUAUUGGGACUUGGAUCGGCGAUCGCACAGUUCGCACGCUUCAGUUAA